AUGCCACAGUUUGCAUUGCAGAAAUUGAUGGAGUAUUACUAUGAUGUUCAGCUUCCCUACAAUUACGAGGGAAGAGAAAAAAGGACAGGGCAUGAUUUCUUCCACCUGUACGAAUGUGUCAUGUCCAUACACAAAGACAGGCUAUCCACAGACACUUCUUGGUUAUCAGAAGUGGAACACAUCCACCACGAUUGUUUGAAGCCAGUCCUGCGUCAUUAUCAGAAGCAGAGUGUUGCCUGGAUGCUGCGUCAGGAAAGGAGCAUCACAGGGGGCAAAGAACAUGAUGGUUUGUUGUAUUUACAUCCGCUUUAUUGUGAGGUCAGAUUCCGCAAUGGAUCUACAUUUUAUUACAACAAGCAUGCAGGGAGUUUGAUCAGAAACAGACCAAAAGCCAUUCCUGCUUUGCCAGGUGGCAUUCUGGCUGAUGAAAUGGGACUUGGCAAGACUGUUGAAGUGUUGUGCUGCAUGCUGCUGCAUCCAAGAGCAGAUGUGGAACUCCCCGAUGAGCUGCCAGUCAUUGAAGAUUUCCCAGACGACAGUAAUGAAAACUCAAGGUCGCCAGACUUUAUUGACAGUACAGUUGGUGGCGAGUCUCAGAAAAAGACUUUUGCAAAUGUGGCAGAUGAUAAAAAAGAAGAUGAUAAAUUGGUAGAUAAUAAUGAGGCUUGUGAUCAGAUGGUAGAGAGUAGAGAGGUUUGUGGUGUGACUGAUAAAGACAGUUAUCUAAUAUCAGUCAGUAAAGAAUUCACAGUGACAUGCACUGAGCCUACAGAAACAAACAAUAUUUCAAAGGACGUCAAGACUGGAGUCUUUGAUCCAACUUUUAAUAUAACACAGACAACAGACCAGUACAGUAAUGAAGAGAGAAGAACCAAUGCAGUUUCUGUUGUUUCUGAAAAUCCUAUUAAAACAGAGAAGUUAUUACCUCAAGAGGUAUAUUCUGUACCAACAUCAUCAUUUAGAAGCAGUCAUGCUCAAGAGACCAUCUUUCUUUCCAGUAAAGAAACCAUUAAUCUGACUGAUGAUGUCCCCGCUAAAUUGACUGCACCAGUACCUCCUGAAGUCCCCAGCACCAAUGGAUACCGUACCAGAAAUUCAGUACACACACCUGAUAAUUCUGUGAAUUCAACUCUGAGAAGGCAGCGAACAUCAACACUCAACACCACUUCCAAAACAAGUGGUAACAAAGUUAUAAUAAAAAUCAAUGCAAAUAAAAAGGCCACAGUAGUGGUUGAAAGAAGUGGAAGUACGAUUGCAUUGGCAUCAGAACCCUCACAAAUUUCAUCUGUUUUAUAUAAUACCUCUAGCCUAAAUAUCACCUCCUUGCCUAGUUCGCAAAUCACAUCCAGUGCUGAAGCUGGCAUUCCACAGCUCAAUUCAUCUUCAUCGCCACAAAUGAUGUCAUCACGCUCACCGUUUGAAAAUUCUGCUGAUGGGCAUUCACUGCAGAGAAAGAAAGAUAAAAGGAAAUCUAAAGGCUAUGUGGAAUAUGUCCCCAUUACAGAUGAGGAUACUAGUUAUUUCACUUCAAAACCUGUUGCCCAGAAGCAGUACUUUGAGUGCAAUUGUGGCCAGCUGGACAGUGAGGAGGAGACUCGAAGGAAGGGGUUGAAUACGGUCAAGUGUAAUCUGUGUGGCAUGGCCCAGCAUGCUGAGUGCAUGAACUAUGACCUGAAGGAUCCUUUCCGGGGCGAUUAUCGUUGUCCACACUGCCAUGCUGUGUCAACUACUAUCAAGUCAGGAGCCACACUGAUCAUAUCCCCCUAUUCAAUAUGCCAUCAGUGGAUAGAAGAGAUUAGUAAACACAUCAAAGAGAGGAGCAUCAGGGUUUUUAUCUAUACCGGUGUUUCCAAGCUGGGCUACAUACAACCACAAACCUUAGCUCAACAAGAUAUUGUCAUCACAACAUACGAUGUUCUCAGGAAAGAAGUAGACUAUGUCAACCUUCCACAUACAAAUAGUGAAUCUGGCAGACGAUUUCGACAUCCAAAGCGCUUUUUAGCAACCCCAUCACCAAUGGUGGCUGUGGAAUGGUGGCGGAUAUGUCUAGAUGAGGCUCAAAUGGUGGAGUGUGUGACUACAAAGACGGCAGAGAUGGCUCUGAAACUAAAGGCAGUCAACAGAUGGUGUGUGACUGGCACUCCUCUGAUGCGAAGUGUUGAAGAUAUUUAUGGACUCCUGCUGUUCCUGGGGGUGGACCCUUUGCUGGUGCAGCAGUGGUUUCGGCUGUUGCUGUGGGAACCUUUCUGUUAUGGUUUUCCAGCUGCCAUGCACCAUGCCUUGUCACAGGUUCUGUGGAGGACUGCCAAGAAAGAUGUCAUUGAUCAGAUUGACCUUCCUGGGCAAACAGAGGAAAUCAACUGGCUGACAUUUUCUCCAGUGGAGGAACACUUCUAUCGCAGGCAGUAUGAGCUGUACCUUCGGAAUGCAUACGCAAAUCGGAAAAGAGCUCAAAAUGCACCAGACCCAAACACAAAACUUCAUGCCCUUGAUAGGAAGACAAUGAAUGAGUUGCUGAGUCCAUUGUUCCGGCUAAGACAAGCGUGCUGCCACCCACAGAUUGUGAGAGGAGAGUUUCUUCCCUUGAACAAAUCAAUGAUGACCAUGGAAGAGCUGCUGGAUCACAUGACAAAGAAGGUGAAGACAGAGUGUGAGGAGGCACACAGGCAGAUUGUGUUUUCCCUCAACGGCACAGCAGGUCUGGCUAUUCUCAGAGGAAAGAUUACAGUGGCUGUGGAGAAGUACCGUGAUGUGCUGCGAUCUGUGGAGGAGCACAAGAACCAGUUUAGGACUGAUGACCUGCAGCAACUCCAUGCGAUGCACAACCUGGCAGAGAUGCUGGACAAGAAACCUGCGGGGGUGUCACCUACCCUCAGAGACAGUAGCCUCAAGGAGCAGUGUGAGGAACUCAAGCAGAAGUACAUGUCGAGGACUAAAGUGAAUGUUACAGCCAGUCAGGAGGCACUGGAAUCAACACAGACUGUGAUCAAAGAUCUCAGUAGAAAGUUGGCACUUCUGGAUGGAGACUGGUGGGCAGACGUUAUUGACAUGACAGUCCAGAGAGGAAUUGACAGUGAGCUUAUUUUCAAGAUCAAAGAUGAUUUGGUGAGAACAUCUACCACUGAGGGCACAAUUGCUGACACUUUCUCCAAUGCCAGUGGUCUGAUGUACGUGGUGGACUCGCAUCUUCAGACCCUGACUAGAGCUCGCCAGACAUUGACCACUGAGCUGGACACUGUGGCUACGGAUACUUCAGCAUCUCUUGUACAGAAAGCUGCUCUCUGCUGUCUGAGACCUGUCUCUGAACUACUGAAAAUAUGCCCUUUUUGCAAGGUCGAUGAACUGUUCAAUGAGUACGAGUCCAAACUGUUUCUCUUUGUUGAAAG